AUGCUAAAUGACCGAGUUCAGUCGCUACAGUCAGCGUUGCGCCACAAAGAAUCUCGACUGGUUUUGGCAGCAGAAGCUCUAAACAAUGAAAGAGCAAAAAAUGAGAUCACUGGCGCAGAACUUGAAGUCAUGAAAAACUGGAUAUCAGAAUUAGGAGGUGAGAAUGCCAAGAUUAAGGAAGACUUAGGAGAUGCAAUCUUGGUAAUUACUUCACUGAAGAAAGAGUUGGGAGAAGAAUUGAAGAGGACCCAAAUUUUGAUGCAAGAAGUCCAGGCAAUGAAGAACUGGCUAUCGGAACUGGGCGGACAAAAUGCAAAGAUUAAGGAAGAUUUAGAAGAUAAGUGCCAGGAGAUUACUUUCCUCACGGAAGAAUUAAAAGACGAACAUAAGCAGUCCCAAAUUCUGAGAGAUGAAGUCCACGUAAUGAGGAACUGGGUCUCUGAAUUAGGAGGAGAAAACGCCACCAUUAAAGAAGCCUUAGAAGAAGCGCUUCUGGAAGUGACCACACUAAAGAUGUCUUUGGUAAACGAGAAAAGGAAUGCUCUCCAUCACAGGAACGAAAUGGAGACCCUAUUGCAAGAAGAAAGGAAAAGAGGCAACGGAAUGGAGACAUCACUAAGAACUGUAAAAUUGGAGCUCCACAGCAAGCAACAAAUGAUAGAGAAUUUCUUAAACGCAGAACGCAAAUUCAUACUUGAGAAACAGGAACUAGAAGACAAACUAGAAGUUGCCCUCAAUCGUGGAAAGGAGCUUGAGAGGAAAAGCAGUGAAAUAAUACUGCAUUACCAGGAGAAGCUCAGGGAUAAGGACAAUGAAAAGAACAAGCUAAAGGAACAGAAGGAACAGCUGCAGAAGAACUUGGAGAGCGCUAUGUUCCAGCUACAGAACUUGGAGUCUUCUUUAAAGCUUGCAGAAAGAGAGAUCUGCUCUUUGAAGAAGGCAGAAAACAAAAAUCUCCAAGAACUGGAACACUUUACGGAAGAAUGUGAAAGAUUGAGAGAAAAGUGCAGGAUUCAAGACGAAAAUAUAAUUAAAGAACGAAAACGUGUCAGGGAUCACCUAAAGAUGCAGGAGGAAGAGCUGAGAAAUCAUGAUAAGUACAUGUUAAUGGCACUCCUCCAUGGGACUGCCCAGAGAAACUUCUAUUUGGAACACAUAGCACUGGACCAUAGAAACAAAGACCUAGUCAAUGAAACCCUGAAAAACAGUGAAGAAGAAAACAAGCGCCUGGACCAAGAAGAAGACCUACAGCAACAACUGCAGAAAGUAGAAGAGGAUCAGUACAGAGAAUACUGCAACGCCCAGAAAGAGAAAAAAGACUAUGGAAAGCAGUGGGAGGUCCUUACACAGAUGGUGGAGGAUUUAAUUGAGGGAGAUGACCAAAAGAAUUGCUAA